UUCUCUUUUUAAGGUUAUACGUUGGGUCUUCAAAGACAUUCUCAUCAUCAGAAAAAUCCCUGAGCCCUUUGCAGUGGUGUAGACACGUCCUAGAUAACCCGACUCCGGAGAUGGAAGCAGCAAGGCGCUCCCUGUGCCAUAGACUGGAGCAAGCCAGCCGAUGGCGGAGUCUCUUCUCUUCAAAUGUCUCCCUGGCUUUUCCUUAUAGUCCUGUUGCAAGACUCAGCCCUUAUAGCAAUGGCAUUAAUACUCCCAGCUUCUCUAAAACCUCAAAUAAAGCAAUACUAACACCUGAAAGAACAGGUUACACCUCCAGGGGCUCCCCUGUCAGUCCCCAGUCGUCUAUAGACAGUGAGCUGAGCACUUCAGAACUGGAGGACGACUCCAUCUCCAUGGGGUACAAGCUACAGGACCUCACUGACGUGCAGAUCAUGGCUCGUCUGCAAGAAGAAAGUCUCAGGCAAGAUUAUGCUUCCACGUCAGCAUCCGUGUCAAGACACAGUUCCAGUGUGUCAUUGAGUUCAGGAAAGAAAGGGACAUGUAGUGAUCAAGAAUAUGAUCGAUUCAGUUUAGAGGAUGAGGAAGAAUUUGACCAUUUGCCACCACCUCAGCCCCGUCUUCCAAGAUGUUCACCCUUCCAAAGAGGAAUCCCCCAUUCACAGACUUUCUCCAGCAUUCGGGAAUGUAGGAGGAGCCCCAGUUCCCAGUAUUUCCCUUCAAAUAGUUACCAGCAGCAACAGUGUUAUUCACCUCAAGCCCAAACUCCAGAUCAGCAACCAAAUAGGACCAAUGGAGACAAGCUCCGAAGAAGUAUGCCUAAUCUAGCUCGGAUGCCAAGCACAAUGGGUGUUAGUAGCAAUGUGAGUUCUCCAGUCACCGUGCGAAAUAGUCAGAGCUUUGACUCAAGCUUGCACGGAGCUGGAAAUGGGCUUUCAAGAAUACAGUCUUGUAUUCCAUCACCAGGACAGCUUCAACACAGAAUCCACAGUGUGGGACAUUUCCCUGUGUCUGUCCGACAGCCUCUUAAAGCCACAGCCUAUGUGAGCCCAACUGUUCAAGGCAGCAGUAACACGCCUUUAUCCAACGGCUUACAAUUAUAUUCCAACACUGGAAUCCCCACACCAAACAAAGCUACCACUUCUGGGAUCAUGGGCCGCAGUGCACUUCCAAGACCUUCACUGGCAAUAAAUGGGAGUAACCUGCCUCGAAGCAAAAUUGCACAACCUGUCAGAAGUUUCCUUCAGCCUCCAAAGCCUCUGUCUUCACUCAGCACUCUGAGGGACGGAAACUGGAGAGAUGGUUGCUACUGACGCAGUUUUACGUACCCUUGAAGAAUGGGAAAGAAGUGGAAAUGAGGGUUGUAUUACCUAGCUGGCUGGGUAAAAGUGGAUGUCAGGAUAUUCUUUCCCUUUUGCAUUUUAACAUACUUACGGCAUUGUUUUUCAAUGAACCAAUCACCAGAGACUAAUUAUUGCACUUAAAUAUUUGCCUGAGAUACUGCAGCAUUCUCAAAUCCAUGGUUGCAGUAUUGCGACACUUAGAUCUAGAAAGUUUUUGUAGAACUGCUACGUACCUGAACACUUUUUGAGAGAAUUGAGAUGUAUCAUUAAUGCUUUCUUUGCCAUAUGAGUUUUUAAAGUAACUUGUUCAAUUUACUUACGUGUUCUAAACAUCUUCCCAGUACAUGUUCUGUGUUUUAAUACAUUACAUAUUUACAAAUAUGUUCGAUCAAUGUAUGCUUUGAAAUUUACUUUUUUAUAGUUUACAGGAAUUUUAUUUUUUUGUGCCUAUUUCUUUUUACACCUACGUGAACCACUAUGGAACAACUUAAAUUUUGUGCCAUAAAAAUAUUUUUGUGGUAAGGGACUAUUUUUUUAACUCUGAGGAUAUAUCAGCAAAAAUCCACCAAACAGUUUCAGAGACAUAAUUUUGUGUUGAAUGAGCACUGUGUAAUCUGAAGCAUUGCAAGGAGGUAGCCAGACAGCAAGUUAAAUGGUCUCGUCUUUUUCAUUGUUAAUUUAUUGUCACACAUGGGUUUCAUAUUUAUAAAGGCAUCACAAGCUCAUUGCACUUAAUACCGGCAAUGUUUGCUAAUAUACCACCACCGAUUUUCAAUACUUUAUUACAGAGGAUGAAACUGUAAUGUUUUAUUAACAAUGCUUCUGGAAAUGAAUGCAUUUUAAAGCAAAUAAAUCUUUUUGAUAGACCUUUUACAAAACCCAUUUGCACUAAUGAAUGCUUUUCUUAUGGUAUAUGACUUAAUAUUUGUUACUGUGUACACUGCUGUUUUGGAAUGUUCAGAAAUAAAGACUAUUUCAGCAAUA